AUGGCUUCUUUCCCCAAAUUGCCUAGCGCAUCACAGUCCCUUCUCAAGGCCCGUCAAAGAUAUGUACACUCUAACAGGCAAAGCCCUCAGUCGUGUGCCCCCCACCAUCUCCACGAUGUAGCACCGUGGCCUCAGGGCCCUUAUCCGUCGCCUCACGAGAUCCUGGGAGCUGAGCCUGGCAGGCCUUACUCGAAGAAAAGUUUCCACCGGCUUGUGAAGCUGUACCAUCCUGAUAUUUAUGGUGUAAAUGAGAAGGAAGUGGCCGGUAUUCCGCUUGCAAAGCGGCUUGAACGCUACCGGCUCGUCAUCGAGGCAAACGAAAUCCUCAGCGACCCGCAGAAGCGACUGCUGUAUGAAAGAUACGGCCUCGGCUGGGUUUUGUCAAAGUAUGGAACUCAGAGUACACCUUGCUCCCAUUAUUAUGCCGCUAGAGGUUCCCGCACACAUGGUGGCCGACCAUCCGCUCAGGCCGCGCCAGAGCGGCAGUUCCCAAUAUUUGCCUCGAACGCGACAAUUGCUAUUGUUCUCGUCGCCAUGGCUAUGACUGGCGCCAUUGUGCAGCUCGAGCGAGCCCGUAAGGCGCAGUGGGAGUUCAAGAUGAGAGAUGUCGCACUGCAGGAGGCGAUCAGCAUGGACCUCAAGGACUUAGCAGUCCGACUCGAAGGCAAACCUAGAGAUACGCGAAUACUGGAAUUCCUGGCACGAAGGGAAAUUCGAAACUGGAAAAACCGAGAGAAUCCAUUCUUAGGGUUUGACCCCAGUGAAAACAUUUGCCGUCAUUGA